CCUCUCCUUCCCUCUGCUGCAGCCCUGGCAAGCCCUCCCUUCCCGCUCCACCCUCUCCAUCCCACGUUUUCCAGCCGGGCCCUUUGAGUGGGGGCCUCUGGGGCUGGCUGGACUGGCGCUCCUCCUGUGGUCCCGCGUUGGUGGCGGUGACCUGUUGCCACCCUACCGCCGCCGCACACCCUCGAGCCAUGUCCUGGGCCGCUCUGCUCGGUCUCCUGCUCGCGCUUCUGCUGCUGCUGCUGCUGCUGAGCCGCCGGCGCGCUCGGCGACCUGGCGAGCCUCCCUUGGACCUGGGCAGCAUCCCCUGGCUGGGCCAUGCCUUGGAGUUUGGGAGAGAUGCUGCCAGCUUCCUUACCAGGAUGAAGGAGAAGCAUGGCGACAUAUUUACUGUGCUGGUGGGAGGCAGGUACGUCACUGUCCUCCUGGACCCACACUCCUAUGACACGGUGGUCUGGGAGCAGCGCACACGGCUGGACUUCCACCCCUAUGCCAUCUUCCUCAUGGAGAGGAUUUUUGAUCUGCAGCUUCCAAAUUUCAACCCCAGCGAGGAGAAGGCCAGGAUGAAGCCCAUGCUGAUGCACAGAGACCUGCAGGCGCUCACAGAAGCCAUGUAUACCAACCUCCGCACAGUCCUGCUGGGCGACUCCACAGAGGCAGCCGGUGGCUGGCGCGAGACAGGCCUCCUCGAUUUCGCCUACAGCUCCCUGCUCAGAGCCGGCUACCUGACCCUGUAUGGAGUGGAGGCCUUGCCACGCACCAGUGAAAGCCAAGCCCAGGACCGUGUCCAUUCAGCCGAUGUCUUCCAUACCUUCCGCCAGCUGGACCUGCUGCUCCCCAAACUGGCUCGAGGCUCCUUGUCAGUGGGGGAUAAGGACCACGCAUGCAGCGUCAAAGGCCGCCUGUGGAAGCUGCUGUCCCCAGCCCAACUGGCCACCAGGGCGAACCGGAGCAGCUGGCUGGAGAGUUACAUGAGGCACCUGGAGGAGAUGGGGGUGUCGGAGGACAUGCAGGCCCGAGCACUGGUGCUGCAGCUCUGGGCCACACAGGGGAAUAUGGGUCCCACGGCCUUCUGGCUCCUCCUCUUUCUCCUCAAGAAUCCUGAGGCCCUGGAGGCUGUCCACGAAGAACUGAAGCGUGUUGUCUGGCAAGCAGAGCAGCCUGUGUCACAGAUGCCCACCCUCCCACAGAAGGUUCUCGACAGCAUGCCUGUGCUAGACAGUGUGCUAAAUGAGACCCUCCGGCUUACGGCUGCCCCCUUCAUCACUCGUGAGGUCAUGGCAGACCUGGCUUUGCCUAUGGCAGAUGGGAGGGAAUUCUCUCUUCGACGUGGUGACCGCCUCCUCCUCUUUCCUUUCCUGAGUCCCCAAAAGGACCCAGAAAUCUACACAGAGCCAGAGGUGUUUAAAUACAACCGAUUCUUGAACCCAGAUGGGUCAGAGAAGAAGGAUUUUUACAAAGAUGGGAAACGGCUGAAGAAUUACAACAUGCCAUGGGGAGCAGGGCACAAUCAGUGCCUGGGGAAGAGCUAUGCCAUCAACAGUAUCAAACAAUUUGUGGUCCUCCUACUGAGUCACUUCGAGCUGCAGCUGGGCAGCGAGGACACAGAGAUCCCCGAGUUUGACCUCAGCAGAUACGGCUUCGGUCUGAUGCAGCCCGAGGAGGACGUGCCCAUCCGGUACCGUGUCAGGCUGUGACCUGUGGAGCAGACACGACACUCACCUGGGGUCUCCUGACUUCCCGUGCCUUCCUCACUGGCUCUCUUGUUCUAGAAUGCUGUAUCUAACGGAGGGGACAUAGAGGACAUGGAGAGCCAAUAAAAGCUCUGUAUCCCGCUGUGAAGACUUGCUUCCAAAUCAGGCUGCCUGCGCUCCAGGUUCCCCAAUGCCUCCUGUCCCGUGGUACCAGCAGUCCCCACCACCAUGCCCCCGACUCCCAGAGCCGUCGCUGUCCCCACCUUUAACAGCUGGUGUAGUCCAGGCCUUGGCCAGAGUGGCAGAUGUGGGUCAUGGAGGACCCGUAAGGAUUAGUCAGUGUGUUUUAAGUUCUGUCCCCAGAUUAUUAAAGAGACAUGGCCCUCCCUUUCUUCA